AUGGCAGCAGCUUUAUCUUUAUCAAAUCUUUUGCAUCCUACCCCAAUUCAUUCAUCUAUGCAACCAAAUUUCACCCAUUUGUACGACGCGAGUCAUGAUCCUCAUAUGUCUAUGUCCAAUCCCCCUCCUCCUCCUCUUUCUUCUUCAACUACAACUUCUUCCGUUUCAAGAAGACGUUCUAACGCGUCAGUAGACAGGCAAAAUGCUCCUAGACCUUAUAAAUGUACCAUAUGUAAUAGGGGUUUUUAUAGAUUAGAACAUCAAACUCGUCAUAUUCGUACUCAUACUGGUGAAAAACCUCAUCAUUGUGAUUUUCCUGGUUGUGAAAAACGAUUUUCUAGAUCUGAUGAAUUGACUCGUCAUAAACGUAUUCAUUCAAAUACAAAUAAAAAGGAUAAACGCAAACAGCAACAAAAAAUGACCGUGGAAUUCAAAAAUAAUGCAUUCCGGUCUCGAAGUAUAAAUAACCUUGUUGCGCAACAUCCUUCUACUUUAGAUUUCUCUUUACAUGAUCAUUUCCAUAAAAGAGUUAUCUCUAAUGAUAAUAAUGAAUUUAAUACUUUGAUGAGUCCUCCUUUAUCAGCCGUUGUACCUUUUGAUGGUCAGGCACCUUCUCCUCAAAUGUGUAAUGAUAAUGGUUCCGAUGAAGAACAUGAUUUCAUACCUACUCCAGUUCAUACUCCUGAUCAUAGUCCUGGACCAUCACCAACUUUGGGACCUUUAGGCGAUUCUGAUGCUUUCAAUGCUCAGACAAAUGUAAAUAAUGCUCUUCUUCCAGGUUUUGGUAGAAUGAGUAUCGAACAUUAUGAAUGGAAACCCCAAUGUCAUUCUAAUUUUACUAUUAUGACACCUACUCCCGUAUUAUCGAAUCGUAUUAGUGAUAUAGUUAAUGACCCGACAUUUUCUCCAAGGGCUAGAGCUUUACCUCCUCUUCCAAAUAAUAGCAAUGCCGUUCCUACUGUUAAUUCUACCAAUGGUUCUAUCGGUACAAAUAGCUCUUGUUUUGGAAUAUUCAAUAACGUAAAUUCUUUCGAUUAUGGUCGUCAAUAUCCAAAUCUACCUCCUUUUAGGUAUUAA